ACUGGCAUUUCUUCGCCUUGAGUCAUGAAAAGCCCGUCCGCUUCAUCAAGCACAGGCCAGCCGGCGUGUUCGUCCCAGAAGGUACACAAAGAUUCUACUGCGACUUAAAGGAAUGAAAUAAAACGCAUCCAGAGGCGCACAGCUCGGGAGCAACACUGCGUGGUACGUUUGACUCUGGUGGUGAAUUACUCGUGAGGAGAGCGUGUGAGAGAAGUUCGACCGGCGGGACGGCAAGGUGGUUGAGCGGCGGAGUGUCGUCUGGAGCGCACGGCGGUUGGACGACGUUGGGCCUGCGGUCUGUGUAGCCGGAAGGGCUGCAACAACAGAACCUGUGCGGUGUGCACGGCUCUGCGUCUGGGUAGGGGCGGGGAUCACGUAUCCUUCUCACACACCUACGUGCAGGUACAACGUACAGGGAGAACACACCUUUACAGCAGGACUCGGCAUGGGAAGACGCGGGUUACAGGCAGGGUCCCGGCACCGCGGCGGACCGACUGGGGUGUUUGAGGUUUGUGGUUAGAUCUGAGGAAAAUUCAGUGACAUUUAAACUGCGGUCAGUCACAGUGUGUGUGUACAGCGUUUCCAGACCGGGUGAGACGGAUGUUGUAUAAUAUUGCCGCCUUAUAUUUACCUCAACUCGCUGUUGUGACGGGACCCAAUACUCCAGCCUAACUGGUCUCUGAGUAUCGGUAACGAAUAUUAGGGCGUAAAAGGGACUUCAUACACAGAACAGCGGUGAAACAUAUCCUUUCUUCAAGGCCAACUAGAAGCAUCAAACAUUGUUGAACGUUAUUACAGAGGAAACAGUACAUAUUCAAGGUGAGCUGAGAGCCAUCAUCUAUAGCUGCCAUUGUAAUUGUGGACACCAGAAGAUUUUCGAGCUUUGCAAACUUCUUGUGAGGGACAACAGAGGACGUCUGUGUGUCCCUGGUCUAAGGCUGGAAGGAAAGUCUCGGUGGGAUUGCUGGGAGUCAAGUAUGUAAUCCCGCAGUUCAAGUGGCGGUUCUACAGCCCGAAAUCACCGCCUGUGUCAGCACUCCAGCCCGGCCGUCUCACAGCGCUGCCCGGCAACACCAGUCACCAGGCCCCGACACAAACACCCGCCAGAACCAAGCCGACACCAUGAACUUGAUACACGGGAGUCCCUGGCUGUGGAGCGUGGUGUGGAACCUGAGUCUAGCGGUGGUGCUCGCCAUCCCUUCCCGCCUACCCAGGCCAUGUACAAACCUGCAGCCCAUAGACCUGUUAGCCGGUGCGCUGGAGUACCAGAGAUACCUGCCCAGCGGCACGGACAUCACCAUCGACAGGAACCACAGAGUCCACGCCAUCUCCUUCUCUCCGGACAGUGGGACGCUACAGGGGGUCAACUUCCCCUCCGACAGGGUGUUUCUAAACUGUGAAUACUUCCCGGAGGAGUUUUCCAUCCUCGUUACACUAAAAGCAAGACUGAACAUGAAAGGGAACCAGUACAUCCUUUCGCUUGUGCAGGAAAGAGUUCACAGCAUUAGAUUAGCGAUUAGAAUUACGAGAUUCAAGGUCUUCUUUGACUAUAGCAGUUCGGGCGGUCCCGUCGUGAAAAAGUCGUCACCUUCGUUCGCGGCGGAGAUUGCCGACGGCGAGUGGCACACGUUCGUGAUCACGGUGACCGGAAAUGACGUAGGGUUGACAGUGGAUUGCAGGCCACCGUACUUUACGUACCUGGACAGAUCGUUUCCGGCCUACUUGGACACGACGGGGACAAAAUUCCACAUCGGAAACAAGAGAAGAAGAAAGGAACAAUUCACGGGACAACUACACCAGUUGGUACUACUUCCUGGCGCGGAUGCCUCCACCUUGGUGUGUCCUUCGGUCAACCCACGGUUGGCGCGGAUGAAUUUACCCUCCCCGUUCCCGAAAGAUCUGGUACCACAGCACAACAAUGCACCGGACCACCAAUCAGACGCCCAUAUGAAAGUGGAGAUGGGUGACGACUCCGUCUGCACGAACGGUGACGUCGGCAGGAUGUGGUUCGACACCAAGUCGGGCAGCAUGAAGCUGUGUGACGGGCUGGGCUGGAUCGCCGUGGCCGACGCGGGGAACUCGCGAAUCGACUACCUGGACGUUCACCAAGACGUCUAUACUCCCGCCAACACCAUCGACAUCGAGACCUUCUACAUCGAAGGGGAGGGGCUCUUCAUGGCAACAGCCAAUCACGACACGCACCUGGACAAGGAGCUGGACUCCAGUAUUUUCAAAUGGACCAAUGGGGAGUUCGUGCUUCAUCAGAACAUCAAGACGUACGGUGCACAGGAGUGGGAGUAUUUCGUUAUCGACGGAAAGACGUUCCUGGCCGUGGCUAACUACGGCGGCACGAGCGGUACGGAGACCAACUCGCGGGUGUACCGGUGGGAGCCCAAGCUGAAGCGGUUCGCCCUGCACCAGGAGAUGAUCACGUUCAACGCGCGGGACUGGGAGGCCUUCGAGAUAGACGGAGAACAUUACCUGGUGGUCGCCAACCAUGCAAGAGGAUUGGACCACAAUAUCGAGUCGGUGAUUUUCCACUGGGAGCGCGCCGGGGACUACUUUGUGCCGUACCAGACCAUCCCCACCAAGGCGGCUUACGACUGGGAGGCCUUCACCAUCGGACCGUAUCACUUCCUGGCCGUGGCGAACGCAUACAACGGCGUGUCCACCAAAGUGGACUCCGUCAUCUACGUGUGGCAGUACGGCCGAUUUCUACCCCUGCAGUUUGUGGAGACCAUGGGUUGUACGGACUGGGAGUACAUGAACAUAGGGAAGGAACAUUUCCUAGUGGCGGCGAACGCCUUUAACCACGGUCCUCACGUGCACGCCCUGGACAGCACCUACAGAUACAGCAUCAACUCCACCAUCUACAAACUCAACGUGCAGAAACAGCGCUUCGAGGAGUUCCAGAAUAUCUUGACACACAGCGCUACAGACUGGGAGUCGUUCCGGGUGGGGAGGGAUAACUACCUGGUGGUCGCCAACUCGUACGACGACGGGGAGAGCAACGACGUGGACAGCGUCGUCUACAGGUGGCAGGGAGUUGAGAAGUUCAAGCCAGUGCACAACAUCCCCACCACCAGCUGCGCUGACUGGGAGUUCUUCCAGAUGCACGGGGAGUCCUUCCUGGUGUACGCCAACGCCAAGGGACGGGUCUCCAAAGUGCUCAGGAUACGGACUUACUGAUCUCAAGAAAAAGAGUUGUAUCUAGUAUAAUCGCGAAUACGAAAUUAAGUGCAUAUGCGUGUAAAUUUUCUUACAUGGUGCCUGUGCGCUAGAUAUGCAUUUUGGUACUACAUUUUCUAUGGAUGAAAUCCCACAUAAGUUUUAUUCUUAUAUAGAAAGCCAUAAAUGUCCUAAAAAAGAUGCGAUUCUACAUACAUGGUUAUAAUUCAUAAGGGUAGAAAUAUCGAUUUUAUCAACUUUUUAGCUCGCGUUUUACCAGUUUGCAUACGGACUGUAUGUUAUGUGAAGAAAACUGUGCUCGUGAUAUGGUUGUUCUCUCUAUACGCUUUGUAUGAUGUAUAUGUAUAUAUUCAGCGUCCAUUUCAGCGUAUAUAAUGUUGACAGCUUAAAUAACUUAUUGUAUUGUGAUUUGUCCUAUGUCUACUUACGAUGUAAAUAACUUAUUACUAUCUUAUUCUGCUGCGAUCUGGUACGAGUGAAAAUUAAAUGGAACUUUAUUUUAUCUGGUGAAAAUACUUAAAAGUUGUGGAUUCAGAGUUAUGAUUGUAAAUUGAGUUUUGAAGAAUUUUAGUUUUAAUGAAUAUUUGAUUUGCCACUGUCAUUCUUUCCUGUCCAUGUUGCUAUCAUCAGUAUUGACACUAUUUAUAUGAAUACGUUCUCUUGUUGGACAACUAAUAAACAAAUAUAUACUCCUAA